AUGAAAUUUUCAAAUACUUUACUCUUAGGUAAUAUUCUAUCAGUACUAUCAACUUUAUCCAAGGCUGAUCAAUGUACUUUUUCAGGCGGGAACUAUUACUGUUCGGAAACUGAUGCUAUCAUCUACUCCAACGUCGGAACUUCCUCCUCUUAUCAAGAUGUUACAAGCAUGGAUGAAAACACCUGUGCCUGUUCCUCAAGUGCUAAGACAUUCUCAGGUAACUUGGCUCCAUUGAAUGAGGAAUUAUCUGUCCAUUUCAGAGGCCCAAUUAAUUUGGUCCAAUUUGGUGUCUAUUUCCCUGCUGAAGGUUCCAACUCGGUUUCAAAUUUGAAAAAGAGACAAUUGGAAAAAAUUGCUGAGGAAGAAUGUAAGACCACCGCUCAAAAGCCAAAACAUCAACAUAAGAGAGACGUCGCCGUUCAAGUCGUAGAAGUCACCGCCACCGUCUUUGUGAACGCUGAUGGUCAAUCCAUUACUCCAGUGGGUGAUAUCAACGUCGAUGGUGUCUUAACCACCUCUGUUAAUGCUAACAUUCAAAACGGUGCUGCUACUACUACUACUUUGCAAAACAUUGUCAGCUCCUACACUCAAGUAUCUACUAUCUUGAACACCAACACCAAGGCUACUGCCGCCGCUGCCGCUUCAUCUGCUGCCGCAUCUUCUUCUUCCUCUUCCUCUUCCUCUUCUGGUUCCAGCGCUGCUGUUGCCGGUUCAUGGCAAAGAGCUUCUUACUUCACUCCAGGUUCCACUUCCAACUGUACUUUCAUGAACCACCAAGGUGGUACUGCAGGUUCAGGUGUCUGGUCCUCUUGUUUCGGUAACUCUAUCUCAUUUGCCGCAUCUGAUGGUAUUUCUGGUGCAGCAUCUGCUCAAGCUUUAGGUGACGUUACUGUCCAAUCAGGUAAAGAAUUCAUGAUCUUCUCAGGUCAAGAAUGUGGUGACAAUGAUGCCUCAUGUGGUUACUCCAGAGAUGGUAUCCCUGCAUACCAUGGGUUCGGUGGUGAUGACAAGAUCUUCGUCUUUGAAUUCUCCAUGCCAUCUGAUACUUCCGGUUCCGCUUCAAAUCAAGAUAUGCCUGCCGUUUGGUUAUUGAACGCCAAGAUCCCAAGAACUUUACAAUACGGUGAUGCCUCAUGUUCAUGUUGGAAGACCGGUUGUGGUGAAAUGGAUUUAUUCGAAAUCUUAACCGCCGGUUCCGAUAAAUUGAUCUCUCACGUUCAUGAUGCUCAAGAUGGUGGUACUCAAGAUUACUUCAAAAGACCUGUCGAUGGAACUUUGAAGGCAGCCGUCAUCUUCAACAGUCAAGAUAACACUAUUCACAUUGUCGAAGUCAGUGAAGAUUUCGGUGAUGUCUUGAGUGAAGAUACCGUCAACUCUUGGUUGAGUAUUUCCGGUUCUUCUGCCGCUUUGCCAUAG